AUGGCUAUUGAUGUGAUAAAAAGGAAAUUAAUUAUAGUUGGAGAUGGUGCAUGUGGAAAAACUUCAUUAUUAUAUGUCUUCACCCUUGGUGAAUUUCCUACCGAAUAUCAUCCCACGAUAUUUGAAAAUUAUGUAACUAAUUGUAGAAUAGAUGGUAAAUCAGUACAAUUAGCAUUAUGGGAUACUGCAGGACAAGAAGUAUAUGAAAGAUUAAGACCAUUAAGUUAUAAUAAUUCUCAUGUUAUAUUAAUUGCACUUAGUAUAGAUGCACCAGAUUCAUUAGAUAACGCGAGGACAAAGUGGGUUGAAGAAGUUAAACAACAUUGUCCGAAGGUUCCAUAUUUAUUAUGUGGAUUAAAGAAAGACUUGAGGAAGAAUUCAAAUAAAUAUGUUCAAUACGAUCAAGGUAAACUAGUUGCACAAGAAAUUGGUGGAAAGAAUUAUUUAGAAAGUUCAGCUUUAACUGGUGAAGGUGUUGAUGAUAUUUUUGAAUGUGCAACUAGGAUAAGUUUAUUAAAUAAUGAGAAAACAACAAAUGGGUGUUGCAUAAUUUUGUAA